CAACCAAAUCUAAAGAAGACAAGUCUUGCUUUACCCUGCUAAGUAAGCUACAUUCCCCAGCUAAUCGAAGUUAGCAAGUGUCAGUCAAAGUUAACCUAAUGGUUUCCGUGGCAUCAAACAUUUUUGAAGUGUAUCAAUUUUUUUACUGCACAGAUAUAACUGCACUAUUUCGGGAAUUCCAACUUGGUUAGCUACAUAAGCCAAAGGCCUCUCUGGUAAUCACGGUUGCAAGCGAAAGUUGCCGUUUUCUUGGAGGAUGGAUUCUUGGGUUCGGUUUAAUGCUCAGAGCCAAGCAAAGGAAAGAGUUUUCAGGGCUGCACAGUAUGCUUGCACGUUGUUGGGCUAUACCCUUCAGAAGGGUGGUAAAGGUUUGGAAUUCCUGAAUACCGUUAAACAACUAGAAACCCAAAUGAGUCUCAUGAGAAAAUUGAUGCGUUUGGGGAACUCUGCAGAGGCCCUGGAGGCAGCAAAGCGAGCGGUACACCUCUCUGACAGUGUGUUGCAAUUGUGCCUGACCGUAGCCCACCUCAACAGGGCAAUGUACUUUGCCUGUGACAAUGUCCUUUGGGCCGGUAAGACAGGCCUCUUGCCAGAACUGGACCAGAACAAGUGGAGCCAGAGGUCCUUUAGGUACUACCUCUUUGCCCUCAUCCUCAACCUUACCCGCGAUGCCUAUGAGAUAAGCCUUCUCAUGGAGCGCGAGGUGCGCUCUAACAGCACUUCAAAGUCCGGCACUUCCCCCUUUACCCCGUGUCCCCUUGUGCCGGAAAACAGCGACAUCCCCUCCCCCUCCGACUCCCCCAUUUCCCCAGCCUCUUUCUCUAGACUCCCUUCUGCUUUGAUCCCGUUCCUCUCCAGGCGCCUGCACCGACAGUUCCACUUGCUUGUAACAGUGCUGCGCAGCAACCCGCCUCUGCUGCUGGACCUGUUGAAGAAUGCCUGUGACGUUUUUAUCCCCCUGGACAGGCUGGGAAUUUACCCUACUGGGCCGGGCUUUGUUGGGGCCUGUGGCCUUGCCUCCUCAAUCAUCUCCAUACUCACCAUUAUUCACCCCUGGUUGAAGCUCAAGCCCUGAGAAAUGGGGAUCUCAAGAGUACCAAGUGCAGGUGGAGUUAGGUGAGGUCAAAUGUGGCAUUUUAGGAGAGGUUCUUGAAAUGAUAGCCGUUUACGGGUAGUUCUAUCAAGCUAAGGACCUGAAUUUUUCAAUUAUUAAGCUGCCCUCAAUCUCUUGGUUUGAACGGUAAGAAAGUUCUGUCAUAUAAAAUAUAGUUGUAUUGAUCUAUUUACACAUAGAAUGCUAGACUUGCAAACAUCUUGAUAUCUGGACCUACAGUAACAGAGUUAUCAAAUUGCCCAUAUCUUAUUUAAUUGGAAAGGUUACAUUUUACAAGGCCACGGUUUUAUGUUGCGUUUUUGUGGUGGCAAUGUGUGAUGUCAGGAAUUUCGAGGGGGAAAUGUCAAAUAGUUAUAGAACAUAUAGCUGUGUGGACCACACAUAGCAUUCAGCCAUGCUUUGAUACCAACAUUUAAUUAACUUUUCUUUCUUCUCCGAUAAUUGUGUGGGUAGAGCAGCCAACACAGAAACCGUAACACCUCACUAAUGUUUGUGUUAAAAAGCAAUGAGUUGGUCCCAUACUCAUUGUCUGCAACUGUUGUUUCCUAAGCUGCACUGAUUUUACGUUUAAUUCGUAUUGUGUUAGACUUGUACUACAAACAAAGUAAUCCAUGUAUGGAAUGUCCACGUGCUUCAGCCAGUUUGGAAGAGAUCAGCGCAAUACAGCAUUAGAUGACUUUGCAACAAUUUGAUCUAAAUGGUAAGCGCAAUCAGGUAUACAGAGGUAUUUUCAGAAACAGAAAGCUUUUUUGUACAGGUCUAAAACUGUAAAUAUGUUACUAUAUAUGAAUAGGUUAAAGACCAAUUAAAAUGCAUAUAUAACAUUUUGUUUUCCUUUAAUUUAACAUUGGUGUGUUCUAGGGGAAAUUAUUCACACACAGAAGGAAAAUCAGGUUCCGAGAUUUUACAGAAACGGGACACGCAAAUAAUCUACUACUAUUUUCAGUAGUAAAUGAUUAUGACUGACUUCGACUUUGUCACAUAAGCCUUAAAGGGAGGGGAGGGGGGUAUUCAUCCAUGUA